ACCCGGAAACAGGACAUCGGCAGAGAUUGCCGGGAGUAGUGGCGGAAGGGUCCGCGGCGGUGGCGGUGGCGGCGUCUGAAUGUCAGCACCAUGCCGGCCAAUAUUAGACGCUCGGACGAUGCCAGGCUUCAUACGGAACUGGCACCCAUGCCACAGCAGCAGCCUCCGCUGUUGCCGCCACGCUACGGGGCCACAACCGCGGCUGCUCGUGCGGGAAUCGCAGAUGAGUCAUCGCCGCUUGGUGACCAACACUUUUCCAAUCAGCAGAAGCAGCAGACAUUGAGCAGGACACGGCGCAACACAGAUACGUCAUCGUUGUCAUCGUCGCCCUUGGGCCAGCAGCCGGCCGCAGCUGCAGCUACAGGUUCAGCCGCAGCCGCAGCCGGCCAAAAUACUAGAGAUGCGCGCUGCGAGCAGAUUGUGCAAAAUUUUUACUCAAAGACCGCGCAGGUAAUUGCGCACUUGCGCGGCGGCCGCACCUCAGUCCGCUUUCUGGACACCAGCAGCCGGUUUGGCCACGGCUUGGAGCUGGAGGGCGCGAGCGCGAUUUCACCUCGGCUCAUGGCAGCAGGCGGCAGCAAUUCGGCUAUGGACCUGUCCAGUGCAAGCAGCUCGGUCGUAGACGUGGGCAGUGGCGGCCGGCGGAGCAACAAGUGGUUCAACUUGGACUUCGAGGAUAUUGGCGAGGUCAAGGAGGAGGCAAAGUUCUGGCGCCACGCAGCAGUCAACUCGCACCUGCCAUUGCACGCGCCGCAGCCGCCAUCCAUGCUCAUCGAGGUCUGUCUCGACAUCUCUGGGAUUGCUGUUGGCGACGAGCUGCAGGUAACCGACAUAUUUGGGCGCCCGUGGAACGUGGACCUCGAAAUGGGCGUGUCGGACAACAGCAGCGGCAUGGGGCUGCCGCCAGCGCCAAUGCCGUUUGCAGGCAGCCACGGCGACAGCAGCGCGCAGCGGCGGGCGUCAGCCAUUGUCCUGGAAGUCUGGCGCCUUGACCUGAACACUGCGCAAGUGCCGGCGCCUGUGCCCGAUCUCCCGCGUGUCUACAAGCAGGCGAUUGUGUUUUUUCGCAGCCUCUACUCGUUUGCCAGCUCCUGCCGUGCGUGGCCUUGGGCCAACAGCUUCAGCAGCAGCAGCAGCAGCAGCAGACAAAUAGCACAACUUGGGUAUUUUCUGCACAUUCCGUCAUUCAAUUACGCCUCGCAAUGGCUUUAUUGAUUUGGACGCCAGUCUCACGGGCACGGAAAAAUUCCUCGAGUCACACGCCUUUGAACCUGUGCCCACUCCCAUGGGGACAUUUGUGAUGAGCGU